GAGGCCAGUCGCGAUGAAGCCUGCCGUCGUCGUGUUCAACGUGCUCGGCGCCUUUGCACUUGGGGCAUCCGGCCUCGCCGCCAAGAUCAACAACGACGGCGGCGGCGGCGGCGGCGGCACGCUCCUCGUCUCCCCCCGCGGCGACACCUACACCACCUUUGUCCCAUCCUGGGAGGUAGAGGUCCGCCCGGGCGGCGAGACGGCCGUCCUCAACGGGACCGUCCAGGAGGUCAGGGCGCAGCUGCUCGAGCUCAACCCGAGGUGGGAGUCCGACGUCGGCCGCCACACGCUCGACCGCCGCAUCAUCGCCAACUACCCCGACUGCCGCAAGGACGGCGCCUUCAAGCUCGGCGACGACGUCCACUGCGGCCGCUGGAAGGACGCCGGCAUCGACUGGCACGACACGCUCUGGCACGCCGAGGUGCACCUCUGGGGCUGGCCCGGGAAGCCCAGGAACGGCCCCGGCCCAGGCAACUGCGGCCGGGUGAGCUGUGAGAACAACAUCGGCGUCUGGUGGUGCAACGACGAGCCCCAUCCCAAGGAGCUGGAAAGCUUUGACUGGAUCGCGGAUGGGGUUUGCAUUGUCUUGAAGCACGAACUGUGCUAUCAGGUGGGAUCGGCUCAGAUCUUCAACAAGGAUAAUUGGAACGUCAUCAUAUCAUCAGACGAAGGUCUCAACUGUUAGAGCGACCCAGUCA